CUCUCACAUUCUCGGACGAUCAUUGCUUCCUUUCGCUGGCUUUUUCUUCUGUAUCUCGUAUUCUGCAGAACUGGAGACUCUGCAUGUGAACCAACCUCGUUCUAGUGCUGGUAAAGCACUACGGCGCUUCUCCAAUCAACCUGCGCCAUUCCAAUACGAGGCUACCCGCAUUCACUCGUUCCCUCACUCGGUCGUCUCUUGUUCACGCUUGAAUAUCGGCCCUCUUAAUACCUCCAUCGAUCCGCACGCUUCACACAUUUCAUUCCUUGGCUUGGAGUUGGACUCACUGGACGUCUGUUACUUGCGAAAACCCCAAUAAAAUCAAAAUCACAGCAGCUUUGGUCAGACCACAUACAUCCGCGCCGUCAUGGUCGCUCCACCGUCCACAGGUGGUGUCGCACCUGCGACUGCUGCCGCGAAACCAUCGCCUGCCACUCGAAUGAAUGGCGUAGGUCCCAACAUUGCUACACCGGCUUUCCCGUACAGCGCUAGACACGCUCAAGCACUUGACAUGCGCACUGUAGAGCGCAAAGGUGAUCCAGCAAGCCGCGAUCCUCCCGCCAGAUCAAGACAAUACGGGCUCCUUGAAGCACCCACAUAUAGACCGACAGAAGCCGAAUUUCGUGACCCUAUGGAAUACAUUCGAAGCAUAGCCCCGAGUGCAAGCAAGUUCGGCAUCUGCAAGAUCAUUCCUCCAGAUUCCUGGAACCCAGAUUUCGCCGUGGACACUGAGCGCUUUCAUUUUCGUACUCGACGGCAGGAAAUAAAUCUUGUAGAAGGAGGAAAUAGGACAAACCUCAACUAUCUAGACCAGCUUGCAAAGUACCACAAACAAUAUGGCCAACACCUCAAUCGAUUUCCCAGCGUCGACAAACGUCCUCUGGACCUGUUCAAGCUGAAGAAAGCAGUCGAGAUUCGAGGUGGAUUUGAAAGAGUAUGCAAAGACAAGAAAUGGGCCGAAAUUGGAAGAGACUUGGGUUACAGUGGGAAAAUCAUGUCUUCCUUAUCGACUUCUCUGAAGAAUUCGUAUCAGAGAUGGUUACACCCGUACGAGGAGUAUCUUAAAUGGGCCAAGCCUGGAGUUCAGCAGCAGCUCGAAAAUGAGCAAGGAGGAUCGUACUCUCCAGCCAUGGCUCCUUACCAGUCGCCGAUACCACCUCCGCCCCCUUCUCAGUCGGCUCCGCCUGCAAUGUCAUUGGGAGAUCCCAGCCAACCUCACACCACAACUGCAAACGGCCCUUUGCAUCCAGUUCCGCCACCCGUCCAACAACAGCCAUCAAUAGCGCCUGUGGCUCCGGCACCUCAGCCUCGACCAGUAUCAUCUUCCGGGUUUACGGCUGUCAAUAGUGGGUUUGCCGCUGUAAAUGCUCCCUCAGGAUUCACGGCGGUCAACACCUUACCACCUCCAAUCGUAAAGAACGAAGUCAAUGGUACUACGACACCGCCUCCGAACCACACUCCAUCUUUCAUGCCUGUCAAUGGACCUACGUUGUCAGCAGUUCCACCCGGAGCUCACCUGCAUAAUGGAGGAUCCAACCCACUUAAGAGGACAAUGAGUCAUGACAGCCUCACUGGUGAGUCUGGGUCAGAAGCGAUGCACGGCGAUGAGGAUGGGCCAAACGGCAGAAGGAGCAAGAGACCUAAAAAGGAUGGUAUGCCUACAAUUCCGGGUAAUCACAUCCCAGCGAUGCGCCCUUCUACCCCCCAGGUACGGAGCAAAUCUACUCCGCGAAGACAAGGAGAUAGAUGUGAAAAGUGCGGAAAAUCAGACAACAAGGAAAGCAUCUUACUUUGCGACAGUUGUGAUUUAGGCUACCACAUGCAUUGUGCAGAGCCACCAUUGACACAAGCUCCGACCGAAUGGCAUUGUCCAAAAUGUUUAGUUGGAACCAACGACUAUGGCUUCGAGGAAGGAAGCAUAUACUCCUUGAAGCAAUUCCAAGAGAAAGCCAACAAUUUUAAGGACCACUACUUUGCCGCGAGAAUGCCAUUCGACCCUGUCACCAAUACUCAGCGACGGCCUAAUGAGGAUGACGUGGAGCGUGAGUUUUGGAGACUCGUGGAAGACAUCACCGAGCAAGUAGAGGUCGAGUAUGGUGCUGACAUCCAUUCCACCACUCACGGCAGCGGCUUUCCCACCAUUGAAAAGCAACCUCUAAACCCGUACUCCAAAGACCCGUGGAAUCUCAACGUUAUGCCUUUCCUCGAAGACUCUCUGUUCAGGCACAUCAAGGGCGAUAUCUCGGGUAUGACCGUUCCGUGGCUCUACGUGGGCAUGUGUUUUUCGACCUUCUGUUGGCACAAUGAGGAUCACUAUGCAUAUUCGGCGAACUACCAACAUUUUGGGGCUACAAAGACUUGGUACGGAAUUCCCGGCAGCCAUGCAGGACUUUUUGAGGACGCCAUGAGAAAAGCCGUUCCCGAACUCUUCGAAACUCAGCCAGAUCUACUCUUCCAGCUUGUGACAAUACUGCCACCUAAUCAAUUGAGAAAGGCGGGCGUGGACGUCUAUGCGUGUGAUCAACGUGCAGGGCAAUUUGUUAUAACCUUCCCGCAAGCCUACCACGCCGGCUUCAACCAUGGCUUUAACUUCAACGAGGCCGUCAAUUUCGCACCAGCCGACUGGGAGCCUUUUGGCGAAGCUGGCGUUCGACGACUGCAAGAGUUCCGUCGCCAACCGUGUUUCUCACAUGAUGAGCUGCUGGUCACUGCCGCGCUAUCAGAUACUACGAUCAAGACUGCCAAAUGGUUAGGACCAGCUUUGGAGCGUACUCGAGACCGAGAACUUCUGGAACGCACAAAUUUCGUAAAUACGCACAGGACACUGUGCCCCCACGAUGACUGCGCGUUCGACUCCCUUGCCCCAGAACCUCCGGAAGCUUGUGGCCUUACCGUUAAAAUCGACAGCUCUGAUCUGGAAGAAGACGAGUAUCAGUGUUGCUACUGCAAAGCCUUCUCGUAUCUUUCUCAAUUCCGCUGUCAUCGCAGUGGCAAGGUGUCGUGCCUGUUACACCCAUUAAGGGCCGACUGCUGUGACGACAGUGACGAGGAGAGAAUGAAGGGCCCUAACCAUAGCUUAGUCCUCCGCUUUACAAAUCAGGAGCUGAGCAAUAUUGUGCAAAAAGUCGUGGACAAAGCCCACGUCCCAGAAAUGUGGGAAGCAAAACUGGAAGCUUUACUCUCAGAAGAGGCCCGGCCUCCUCUCAAGGCCAUGCACACUCUUCUAAGCGAAGGUGAGAAGAUCCCAGCUCCUCUCAAUGGUCUGGAUGAUCUUUCCGAAUUCGUUAGACGAUGUGAUCAGUGGGUUGACGAAGCAAAUCUCUAUCUUACCCGCAAGCAGCAAAACAGACGCAAGAAUGAGAAAGCAUGGCGGCGUUCCUCGCUUCGCACUGGCAAAGGUGAUGAAAAGGAUAACGAACCGCAACUGACUUUGGAUCGCAUGAAGGAGCUGAUUGAUGAUGGUGAACAAUUGGGUUUCAGCACUCCUCAGCUUGAAGGUCUGCAGGAAAAGGUGACCGUGAUAGAUGCGUGGCGUGCAAAUGCCAAGCGCAUUCUGUCAGGCAUCAACCCAGCAAGAUUAGAAGAGUUGGAGAGUCUACUUGAAGAAGGCCGUGGGUUUUCCGCGGCCAUGCCAGAGCUAACGAGCUUAGAAAAGAUCUAUGCUCGCACCCAAUGGCUCGAGGAAUCUCGACAGCUCCAGAACGAUAUCACAAGCAAGUCAUUGGACGAAUGCCGCAGCUUGCUUGAACGAAUUACAGAGCUAGACAUUCUCCCCCAGGCUCCGGAGGCAACUUUUGUCAACGAGAUGGUUAAGCAAGGAGAAUUUUGGGAGCACAAGGCGAAGGAACUUAUGGCUGCUCAAGAUGUCCACUAUCCACAACUUGAGUCCCUUCAUUCGCAGGUGCAUCUCCAGAUGUUCCCAGUAAACAAGGAAGUGUUGGACAAGAUGGAUCAGAUAUUGGCCAAGAAUCGGGAAGCCAAACGACAGAUCAUCACCCUGGUUGAGCGCAGCCAUGACCCAGAUCUUCGCAAGCGGCCACUUUACGCUCAUGUUCGAGAUGUUGUCAAAGGCUUCGAGGAUCUCAAUGGAAAACCUCAUGGUGCAGCCGAACUGGAGAAAGAACUGAGACGCCACGAAGACUGGAUGAGAAGAGGCAAAAAACUGUUCGGCAAAGCCAAUGCGCCACUUCACAUUCUCGAGCAGCACAUGAAGUUCGUGGAGGAGAAGAACAGCUUUUGCUUCGAUCUCAAUGACACUUUCAGGCCACCGGUUGAACCUGCUUCGCGGGAAGCCUCACCCACUGAUGACCGAGGUCGAGGGCAGCUAGGUGAGGAUGAGAAGCCAGUAUUCUGCAUCUGUCGACAACCCGAGGCGGGGCUGAUGAUUGAAUGCGAGAUCUGUCACGACUGGUACCAUGCGAAGUGCUUGAAGCUUGCUCGGGGCAAAGUCAAGGAAUGUGAAAUGUUCACCUGCCCAAUCUGCGACUGGCGGGUCAAGAUUCCUCGGGAUGCUGCGCGACCAAAACUCGAAGACCUCCAAGGCUGGCAAGACGAGAUUGCCGACCUACCUUUCCAACCAGAAGAAGAAGAGCUGCUCAAACGCAUCAUUGACAAAGCUCAAGCAUUCCGUGAAUUUCUAAGUCAAUAUACCAAUGGCAAUGCUCUCUGCAGAACUAUCGAGGAAAUGCCAGAGAUGUUGUUCUAUCUGCGUAAGAUCGAGGGCGCCGAGGUGCUUCUGGCAUAUGAGACGAACCUUUUCCGUCAAGAGUUGCAUAAGUGGCAACCUAUCGCUCCGGAGCCACCGCCAAUUCUAGAUCAAAGCUUGUCAACGAGAAAACCCCGACCAACCAAGCAGCAAAAGUUGAUGAAAGAACUAGGGGUGGAAAAGCCUGAGGAUCUUCCACCACAUCUCAGGACCAAGUCCUACGUACGAAGAAAGACACAAGAAUCCUUCAUGACUGGUCCUCUUCUGCCUAAACCAUCCACACAGUCUCCGUCCGCUCCUGGCUCAGCGGCCAGCCCUAGCCAGAGUCAAUCGGCUGGCAAUGCAGAGACUCCUGGACCUGGACAGCGACAAGGGUCAGCAGGUGCAGCUGGAGCUGGCGGCACAAUCGAGCCUGGUUAUAUCGCCGGGUCUGCGUCGUACGGCAACGCCUUUGGGAAUGAUCGACCCGAGUCAUUCCCACCUAAUAGCCCUUCACCCAUGUUCAGUCCGACUAGAGAGCAACCUGCACAAGGUAUGAAAGAUCCUAUGAUGCCAGCUUUCGCAGGAGGGACAUCAUCCAGCACUGCUCGAAAUCACGACCCCUCAUUCCCAAUGUUUCAACCAAAUACUGGACUUGAUGCCGAUGAUGAUCUCCGGAAUGGCCUCGCCAAUGCCUCACCAGGUGGAACACAACCUGGUCGGGAAGGCACACCUCCAGGUGGCGAGUACGACAAUAUAUUCAUGGACAUAACCAACCAAGAUGGCGACGGCAGCAAUGACACGGUACCAAGUCUAGAGCACGAGACGAGUCACGCUAGUGAGGCACUUGACAUGAUCCGCACUGCUAGCAAUGACUCGGCCAACAACAAUGCCGAGCUAGAGGAUGGUGAUAAUGUUUCAAAACACUUUGACGACUUCCUCACUGGUGAUGAGCAACACUAGGGGUCAAGCUCAGUCGUUUUGGGAAGACGUCGACGUUUCAGCUGACAUGUACCAACUUUAUGAUUAGCCAAGGAUUGAUGAUGCGACCGGAGUCCCCGGGUCGGUGUAUUGAGUUAUGUUAUGAUUGAUUGACGGUAUGGGAUUACGCUUGUGUGUGAGAUAGAAAGCGACUUUGUAGUAUCUCGCAUAAGUGCUCUAUAUAGCAUCAUCCAGUUUUUGCAUUAUCGCUGGGGAAAACAUAAAUGUAAUUUGCAUCAUGAUCUCCGAUCUCCCUAGAUUAUGCAUUGAUAGACUAGAAUUAAAGCUUCUGGAAGAUG